CAUCGGCGUUCAGCGAAGCGGUGGGCAAGGACAAACAAGCCAAGUAUAAACACUUGGACAUUACAUGUCUGCUCUUGCCUCUAAGUGGGGAACUGAAGCAAACAAGCGAACUCCAUUUAUCCAACUAGGAGGAUUAUCAAGCCAAAAGGUGGUGAAGAAAGAGACCGAACAGAACAUGAAAUGGAGGGAAAAACAAAAGAAAAAGGUGAGAAGAGUGGGAUAAUCGAGAUGUGGGCAAAGAAACACAGUCUGCUAUUCACAGGAGCUACCAGACACCCCUUUAUCCUCAGCAUUCGAGAUGGGUCAGUCGAUCUUUCCUCUUUCAAAAGAUGGCUGGGACAGGAUUAUGUAUUUGUUAGAGAGUUUGUGCCUUUUGUGGCAAGUGUAUUGAUUAAAGCUUCUAAGGAAUCAGAUGAUAGUAAUGACAUGGAAGUUAUACUAGGUGGUUUGGCUUCUCUAAAUGAUGAGAUUGCCUGGUUCAAGUCAGAGGCCUCCAAGUGGGAUGUUCCCCUUUCUAAUACUGUUGUCCAUAAGGCAAACCAGAAUUACUGCAGAUUUCUCGAGAAUUUGAUGUCACCAGAUGUUGAUUAUGCCGUGGCCAUUACAACCUUUUGGGCCAUUGAAACUGUAUACCAGGAGAGCUUUGCACACUGCUUGGAAGAUGGCAGCAAGACUCCACCAGAAUUACAGGACACUUGCCAAAGAUGGGGCAAUGACGAUUUUGGUGAAUAUUGUCGUUCGCUCCAGGAGAUUGCCAAUAGAUACCUUGAGAAGGCUUCAAGUGACGUGCUUACAGAAGCUGAAGUAACUUUCCUUCGUGUCCUUGAACACGAAAUUGAGUUUUGGAAUAUGAGUCGUGGGGGUGUCUGAAAGAGUUGGCUCCAAAAUUGGACAAAAUGAGAUUACUAAUGCACCAGUACAGUAUAGUUCAAGGCAGUUUCAAGGUUUCUGUGCACAAUAUAAGUUCCUCCUGUAAAGAACUGAUACAAUUACUAGUCUAUAUAAUCCCUUAGAAUUUGUUUUGCUAAA